GGGAUGAACGCCAAUCGAGGAUUUCGCCGGUCGAUAUUCGAUACGGCAGUUUUGCAACCCGCAUAUGCAAAUGGCCGUGCCGACAGACCCUGAAUAUUUAGCAGGCGGAGGAAUCGAUCGAACCUGGUUGGUACCCGGCCACGCUUUGCGCAUCUCCUCCUCUCAUCAUCGUCAUCAUCGCCUCCGUGCUGCCCAACCGCCCCUCCCCCCUCCUCUUCAAUGGCAUACCGACGGCGCGGUUCGCAGAGAAGUCGAAGCGCAUAUCUACCGACAUCUGCACGCCCGGCGUAGGCACAUGUGCAUCGUGUAUACGCAGGACGGACUCGACUCCUGCAAGGCAGCCCGCCCCGUCUCCAUCCCGUUUGUCCUCCUCGACAAGCACCCAAGCCCAUCCCAAGCAUCCCAAGCAUCGAGCCAACGGCUUUGCGCACCAAUCAGGCCUCGACACACCUCCCGAAUAGGGGUGGGGUCUUACACACGUCCCGUCGACCCGAGCGUGGCCAGCUUCCCACCUCUUGGACUCAGCCCUACCGGCUCGUCGAGCUGUCGCUUGCCACCAGUUAGCGGUAGCGCCCUUGUCUCGCAGACCCUUCAUGACGAUCUAGCCCAGAUCCCUCUCCGAUCCAACGCAUCCCCGGAUUGCUUGUCGUACACGCUUUGCGCCUCUGCACGCUUGUCAGCCCCCCUCCCCCGGCCCAUUGCGUCGCGGUAGCUCGGCUUGUGGCAUGCCUCCCCGGAUUUCCGCUUACGCCUUCGAGCACAAUCCUAUCUUCAUUUCGAUCUGCCAUUAGUCUGGCCGAUCCAUCCCUCGCUCCGUGCUGGAUUCUCUAGCACCUCCCGCCCCAACC